AAAUUUGACAGAAUAUUCUUUAUAUGUCAUAUUAUAAUUAUAACUCUUUCGUCUCUAAAACAUAAUAAUAAUAAUAGGCCUUGUUUUACACGAAUUAACCUUUCAUUCUAAAACAAUUUUUUAUUCAUUGCUAUUGACAACAAUGUGUCUAUCUAUAUAUAUUGCGUUUACGCAAGCCAACGCAUGAAAGUAAAAAGUUUUCAACUUCUAUGCGUAUCCGUAUCCAAGUUCGAAUGUUUCAGCGUUGUAUGCGUAAACUUUAUAGCUAAUCGCACAAGAAUCAACUGAACUCAUGUUCAGAGAUUACGGUCAAAGAACGUAUAUAGUAUGGUUAAUUGUAGUAAGAUUCUUUUUAAACAAUUAUUACUAUUUAUACAAUUUUUUCUUGCAAAUUUUCCCGUAUUUCACUUAAAAAAAAAUGUUUGUAACAUAUCUGGUGUGUAACAGCUGGGUAUUUGGGUAUUGCCAUGUUUCAUAAAUCUACGUCAUCACAAAAUCGCAUAUGAGCAAGCAUCAGCCAAUGACAAAGCGACAAGUGAGUGUCAAAAAAUAUUCUCCUUAUUUUAAUUUCACCGGUUAAGAAUUUGUGAGCAGACAAAUUAGGUUUUCAAACAAGACUUUUCAUUAUUUAUUAAAUAUACAACUUACAGAAUAAAGUGGAAAUUACAAGUUUAAAGUGAAUUAGUUAAAUUUCGUAAACUAAAGAUUCUAUAAAGUAGUGAGCCAAUAUGCGUUCCCUUUUACUGGUAAUGGCCUUUGCCUUUGUACUAAUUCAAAGCAGCAUAGCGCUGAAGGAGGACGAAUGUGAAGUUUGUGUGAAGACUGUCAAACGUUUUGCUGAUACAUUGGAUGAUGCCACAAAGAAGGAUCAUAAAAAAAUUGAAGCUGAAUUUAAAAGUUUUUGCAAAAAGCAAAAGAAUAAAGAGCACAGAUUUUGUUACUAUUUGGGCGGUCUGGAAGAAUCAGCGACUGGCAUUUUGAAUGAACUAAGCAAGCCAUUGAGCUGGUCCAUGCCUGCCGAUAAGAUCUGCGAAAAACUUAAGAAGAAGGAUGCACAGAUCUGUGAUUUACGUUAUGAGAAACAAAUUGAUUUGAACAAUGUUGACUUGAAAAAAUUGAAGGUUCGUGACCUGAAGAAAAUCCUCAACGAUUGGGAUGAAAGCUGCGAAGGUUGCAUUGAAAAAACUGACUUUAUCAAGAGAAUAGAAGAACUGAAACCGAAAUAUGCGCACAAUGAGUUAUAAAAAAUAAUGGAUGAUUAUAAAUUUAAUUUAUAUGCGAAUAAUUAAUUCUACUCACAUGAACAUUUAUCAUUACUUAAAUGCUUUUCAAUUUUUUUAGAAGAAUUUAGUACAAAAAUCUAUGAUUUUUGCCUAAUAAGGGUUGAUAAUGUGAAAAGAAAUAUAUAUGAAGACAGUAUAUGAAAUAAAACACAGAAACCAACUUAAAACACAA